CUUGAAUUUAGUCUGGAAUAAAUGCGGAUCGACGUUUUCUGUCGGGAAUGUAUGUAAUUGAUAUCGACACGUGAUUAUAUACAAUCGUGAUCGUAUGAUCGUGUCGACGAUCCUUUCGAGCGUGACGGGUUUCCAUCGGCGACAUUCGCAUGACGGACGGCAUGUCGAUCUGAAGAUGGAAACCGAGGUCCGGACGCUCAAGCAGGAAUUGGCGCGAACUCAGGACGCCCUGAAAACCGCCACGAAAAAAUGCCGAGAGCUGGUGAAGGAGUUGGACCAUCGUAUCGCCAAUCAUGAAUCCGAGAAGAUUUUGCGAGAUCAACAGCUUUCGAGGAUACUACGAGCACUGCUGUUCCUGGAAGCGCGCCUUAAGCAAGAGCAGAAGUCUAUCAGGCAGAUGCUCUGCGAAAAGGACAAUGUUAUCAGAAACCAGCAAUUGGAGAUCGCGUUGCUCAGGCGAUAUACAAAAAACUAUAUAAAGAGCAAACGCGAUCGAACCACACUGGCCGUCGAUGUCGAGGUCAACACCAAUAUCGAUAAAAAUCUGCAGAAGGACUUUGGCAAUUUGCAAAGAGAAACGCUGCAGGAGAGCGGUAUUGGCAAAGAGAUCGCAAGUCUAAAGUGCGAAAUAAUCACACGGCUGAACCCGGCAUCGUCUAGUAUUCUGGACGAACUGGACCGGAACAGCGUGAGGAAAACGAAUAGUUUCGCUGGUAGCGAUAUCUCAAAGGCCAGUCUGACUAGCAGUGAGAACACGGACGCAUCUAUCGUCACGACGACGACGGAGGGCAGCCCUUCGUUGCUCAGCACGGAAGGUUUUUGCGAGGGUGAGAGUACGGAUGAUGUGUCACCUGGCUCAACCUUGAACAAAUGCUCAAGCAGAUGCACACCGACGACAGUGACUGACAGCGAAAACGAGACGACGAUGAUCUUAGAUGAGGACGAGGAGGACUUAAUGGAAAAGGGUGGAACGACGAUGGUAUCGAUGAAAAGAAGGACAAAGGAUCAGAAGAUGUCGACGAAAAGUUCCAAUAUGAUUGAAAUAGUGGGUAUCGCGAGAACGGAGAGCAAGGAUGACGGGAUGGACUGUAACUUUGUGUCAGAGGAUGAGGAACAGACUAACACUCUGAUAAGCAGUCAAGAGAGAGACACAGAAGAACCGAUUUAUAUUAACGCCUGCAACGAGGUGAAUGAGAAAAAUCUUCAGCGGACGGAGCAAUUGAAGACAAAAGACGAUUAUAGCAAUAAUAACAAUAUCGAGGUAAAGAUCGAGACGCCUGAAUUAACGGUCGAAGAUACCAGUGGAAAUUGGUAUAGUGAUCCGGAUGAAGAUCGAUUAAACGAUGAUGUAUUCAGACACAGCACCUACCGGCCAAAUAGUAAUCAUAAUUCUGUAUUGGAGUGCGUGAAUCAGAUUCUGCUGCAGGAUAUGGAAGAGGAGGAGAACUUGGUGCUCUCGGUGCCGCGCAGGUUUAAACAUCGUGGCAGAAUCGUACGUUUUCAGCCAGCCAGGUUGUCCGAUAUCGAGUCAGUGGGUUCCGAGAUAGAAAGGAAAAAUUCCGAGGAAUCCGUUACGGAUAACAAAGAUUCAUCAAGGGAGGAAGAGACCGCGGAGAACGAUGCGAAUGUAUCCGAAGACGAGUUUGGCAUGAGGAUCGUCCAAAAAGAUCCGGACGAUGAUGGUUCCAAGGAGUCCAAGGCGAUCCCACUAGUCAUCAUCGAGCCCAAAGUCGAUGUCGAAGAGACGAGAAAGAUUCCAACGAAAUCCCAACAGAGUAGUCCUCCUUUAAAAAUGGAGAGAAUCGAGGAGAAGACCUGCCUGCAGAUGUCUGCAAGAGGGUUAACUAUCGCCAAGAAUCUGGAUUAUGAAGAUAUAGAGUCGUUACCAGAGAUAACGACAUCGCCGACGCCGCCCAGAACGCCACCAGCGUUGCCGCCGAAACCACAAUUUCGCAACAAUACACUAAUCCUGAAGAAAAUUCCUAGUCCAUCAUUUCUAAUUGAUGAAAAAAGGCAGCAGGAUCCGGGAGGCGUGGAUCCUACAAAAAGAAGCAUUCUGGGACUGAUAUCCUCUUCGUCGUCAAAGGCAGCAAGGAAUCUGAAUAUGGAUGAAGCGAAAGGUUCGACUAGGAGCUCGGCGAGAGAAAUGAAAGACGGUGGAUUCUGGAAGAAUAGAUUCAACCACGUGCGUUCGUCUUUCCAAGUAAGACAAAAAGAGGAUCAAGGAAAGAACGCGGCCAGAGUGACGAACAUCGUUCGGCAUUUCGAAGAGUUCAAGAUCGGUGAUCCCGAGGAACAAACAAAGGACAGAAAUCGUCCGAAGGACCGUCACACUGAACUUGAACAUGAAUUCGAUAUCCGACAGAACUUUGAGGAGUUCAAUCUAGACGAGUGCGAUCUGUCGGACGAUCCCGAUCGGCCUGAAGGUGACGGAUCCGAGAGACUUGGUCAUGUGGGAUUUAACAACGCUGGUCAGAACGAGAACAGCAUUGCCAAAGAUAACAACAAUGUUCCUGCUAUCGGCAAUGAUAUCGGUAAUAGUAAUGGCAACAGUGAAAUCGGAAGCGGAUAUGAUCAUUUUCUGGAGGCGACCGGCCUCAGCAACAAGUCGAUCCUCACACCCUCAAGAUUGCUAAGCAAUCACAAGAGCAUGCUGAAGCCGAAGGACGUAAAGUACAAGAGCAGAAUCAAGGCUACGGCGGUAUUAGAAAGGCACGGAGUACAAACAACUGUAGCCGGCAAUACGACGCACGUCAGGCACUGGACUGGACCAUUCGUCUGACGAUUGGCCAAUUUUCUGCCGGCCAAAAAUAUUUUUCGCUCCGCCGUGUCGGCCGAUAACUCGCCGAUAAAAGCGAACUACAAAAGAUUUUGAUCUUUUAAUUCGCUGAUAAUUAAUUAAAUUAAAACAUUUUAUAGUCGUUGUAUUCGUAUACAACGAAUGACUCUCACUUUUAAAGUGCAAAUGGAAUUUUAUACAGUAUUGAUCGAGAAACAGGGAAUUAAUAGUGAAAAAAAAAAUAAUCUUGUUUCUUUAAUUACGUUAUGAUAAUGUGUGAGUAAUUAACAUAUAUAUUAUAUACACAUAAAUUACGUUAUUUUUCAUAUGCUACAUGAGUCGUUAGAUUUCGAAGUUGCACUUUCAGUGAUUAAUUUAUUUAAUCCUUUCUCGGAAAAAUUGUUUAUAAAAUGUUGAUUUAAAUAUUCCUGCUGUGAAAUUAUUUAUUAGUCUUUAUAUGAUAUGUAUGUAAAAAAAAAUGUAACUCGUCUCGAUUUUUGGUAUAUUCUAAUUUAUAAAACGUUAUCGAAAGAAA